AUGCGUUAUCUCUCCUUUUCAGUUUUUGCCCUAGGCAUCACCACCACCUCCGCCACCAUCCUCGUCUCGGACGGACACGGCGGCGUCAUCCACAACCCUCGGUACACCCACCAAAGAAUCGACAGCCGCAACGUCAAGAUCGACAACCUCGCCCUCCACGCCGCGGUCCGAAGGUUCAACGUUGAGCAACUCCAGAACCUGACGAGCACCCUCCCCGUGUUGAUACCCCGACAGGCGGCAAACCUCCAGGUUUUUACCUCCGCCCUGGGGGGGGCUGCGGCGCCUGCUAUUACCAACUCUGGUGAUCCUGACAGACCGUUUGCUGUCGACGGGGAUACCUUUCCCGAUUUUGCGACGGCGAGCAACAGGGCUUGUGACAACCAGAAGAAUGCCUGUGCCAAGAUUGCGAAUGAGGGGGGCCAGAGGGACGGGGAGUUGACGGUGGGGGAGUGUGACAGGCAGAUGGAACAAUGCAAGAGUGCGGCGCUUUCGGCAGCCAACAGAUCUUUUGAUGGCGCCGCGGGUGAGCAGCAGCAGCAGCAGCCACCGCCACAGCAAGGGGGCGGUCGUGGUGAUGAUGGAGGACAGAGGCAGGAUCCGAAUCGGGGGCAGGAUCAAGGACAGGAGGAACAGGCGCCGCCCGAGUCGGUGCUGGUUGAUUCGGAUGAGAAUUUUGAUUUCUUCUGUGAUGUUUAG